AUGGAGCACAAAUCCGUCGAGCAUGCCGAGUUUGUCAGUUCAAGCAAAGCCUGUCUCGAGCCUAAUCGACUAACGCCUGCCCGGAUAAUGACUCCCGAGCAAUUUGCCCUGGCAGAGAGGAAGCUGAAGAAGAAGCUGGAUGUGCGUCUUUUGCUCUGUGUUUGGAUUAUUUUUGUGAUGAACUACCUGGACCGAAACAACAUAUCAGCCGCAAAGAUAGCCGGCAUCGAGAGCUCCCUUGGUCUAAGCAGCACGCACUAUGCUACGGCCGUGGCUCUGCUUUUUGCUGGUUACGUGCUGAUGCAAAUUCCAUCAAAUAUUUUCCUGGCCAACCUACACCCUUCACUCUACAUCCCAUCCGUUAUGGUCAUCUGGGGCAUGCUCUCUGCGCUGGUAGGAGUCGUCCAUAAAGCAGCCGGUUUGUAUGCCCUGCGGCUCCUUCUUGGGUUUGUUGAGGCAGCGUUCUAUCCCGGCGCGCUCUUCCUCAUCUCAUCCUGGUAUAAGCGUUCCGAAAUGGGGGUCCGCAGCGCUUUUCUUUUCUCCGGCUCCCAGUUGGGAAGCGCAUUCUCCGGGCUUAUCGGUGCCGGCAUUACGAGCGGUCUAGACAGGGCCCGAGAGCUCGAAUCAUGGCGCUGGAUCUUUAUUAUCGAGGGCUCAGCAACCAUAUUUAUUGCUCUUAUGGCCUUCUUCGUCCUCCCAAACUACCCCUCGAAUACCCCCUGGCUAACCCAGGAAGAGCGUGCCGUUGCCGAAUGGCGACUAAUUGCGGAUGCCGGUCAGGUUAACAAAGAUGAUAAACGCUGGAGCUACGGGUUCCAGAUGGCUUUUAGCGACUGGCGGCUGUACGCCUUCGCGCUUAUUUUCCUUUGCAUCCAAGUCGCGAGUGCGACAUCUAACUUUUUUCCCGCCGUCGUUAAGACGCUAGGUUUUAGCAUGGUUAAUACCUUGCUGCUUACUGUGCCACCGUACAUGGUAGCCCUAGCAAUCUCCAUAGCUAACAAUUGGUCUGCCAAUCAGCUUCGCAAUUCGUCCUUUCACGCUAUCUGGCCACUUUCAGUUGCGAUUGCCGGUUUCAUUAUUGCAGCCGCUACGCUGAAUACGGGGGCGAGAAUUAAGCGGGCCUCGGUUGUGGCAUUUGUUAAUGCCUUUGGGAACCUUUCGCAAAUCUUCUCCUCGUACUUCUACCCCGACAGCUCCGCUCCGCAGUACGUAACCGCCAUGGCGGCGAACUCAGCCUUCUCACUCGGUGCGAUUGUGCUAGCGAUAUUUAUGCGAUUUGUUCUCCUUCGGGCUAAUCGGCGCAUCGAGAGGGGGGAGUCAACCGUGGCGGAAGAGAUGAAAGGUCAAAGUCAGAGGGAGAUUGCUGGUGUCUCUGAUGAGGAGCGCAUCGCGCGAAGGGAGGGGUUCCGAUACAUUGCCUAG